AUGUCCUCCGAUGCGGCAACUUUGCCAUCACCUCCAAACAUACCACCGUGGAAGGACAGCCGUCCUUACUCGGUGGGGGAUACCAUGCAUUCCACACAGGUCAGCAGACCGGACUACUCAAAUGGCACUCCUAUCCCGCGCCGUCCUCGAUUUCCGAAUAUCAAAGACCUGCAGGAUCAGGCUGCUUCAUUAAAUGUCAAUGAGAGCAUACCAAUAAAUCAACUCCUGAGAACGGCCUCCGUGGCAAUUGAACAGGCCAUCGCCCUAGUGGAAGAUAACUUCCCUGAUAAGGCCUACAUACAAUACCUUCAUGCCUCUGAAAUCACCAUCAAUAUCAUCCCCCAUCAUCCAGAUUAUCGAACCACGGUCAACCAGCGCCCUGGUUGGUAUAAGGAGUUUGCCGAUCUCAUGAUGUCGGUACGAACCAAACAAGGCACCAUGGACAUGAUCAAGCAGGAGAUCAUUGAAGAUAACCUGGCAAGUGGGAUGCAACCCACAGGAGUAUUUACCUCUAGGUCACCACAACAAUCCUCCGCCACACCUAGGAGCCGCGAGAAUCGCCAUUCCGGAUCAGAAAUCAGAAUGCCGAGCCCGGGUCGAUUCCAGAGCAUACCCGAACCUCAUUCGCAUGCACAAAGAUUCUCCAGUCCCCCGGAUGAUAUGCUAGCGCAACGUUUUGCCAAACUUAAGGCAUCUCCACCCUCGAACCAAUAUGAUUUAAGCACAAGUCCGGCCGGACCGGGAAGCCCGAGUCGAGGAUCUGCAGAGACUCCACUUCAUCCGUCCAACGCGAUCUCGGGGCAUUACAGCUCCCCACCGCCAAGGCGUCCAUUAGGACCUCGUGGCAUGGGGUCAUCUUCCAGUGUCCCGACUAUUCCUCCCAAGGUUCCCCUGAAUACCUCGCUCCCACGUGCCCCGGACCCGGCUUAUAGCCCUAUUUUCACUGUUCCAUCGAAGCCUCCCUCGAAUCCCCCAAGAACCUCCUCCGAGAGCACACGCUUGGUCAAUCCGAGAUAUUCACAGUUUACCAGCUCCCCUCACAGGAGUCCGAGUCGCGGAGGCAUUGAUGAAAACCCAUAUAGGUCUCUGACACCCAAUGGGGUGAACUCGGCGCGAAGUGAUUCACCGGAUCUACCAUACAGCACCGCAAUAACUGCACAAAGUUUGCUUGAGAACCUGCGGAAGUUCAGCGUUCUUCUCAUUGAUGUUCGAUCUCGGGACCAAUAUGAUGCUGGGCAUGUAUAUGCAAAAUCUAUCAUUUGUAUAGAGCCAGUGGUCUUGAAAGAGAACAUGUCCACCGAGGAACUCGAGGAUCGUCUUGUUGUCUCUCCGGAACACGAACAGACCUUAUUCGAGAAACGAAAUGAAUAUGAUCUUGUGGUUUAUUAUGAUCAAACCGCCGAUUCCGUCAGUUAUCUCGCCGGUUCGCCAGCGGGGACAUCUGCACCGCAUUUAAGAGCCCUGCAUGACACUCUCUACGAAUUCAAUGCAUACAAGCCGCUGAAAGGGGGACGACCUCCCGCCCUUCUUCUUGGUGGACUGGAUGCAUGGAUCGAUCUCCUUGGCCAACAGUCACUCGCCACAUCCUCGACAGCUGCUGUCAUGAGCUCCCUGCAGGCCAAACGGCCUGUGCCUCGUCCCGGUCGAGGCUUAGGAAGGGUUCCUACCAUGGCUAGCGCAAAUUCCAGUUUGGAAGUUCGGAAACGGCGACUGCGCGAGUUCACUCCGCUGAACUCGAAGGAGUUGUCCGAGUGGAUGGAGAAAUCUAAGAACGAGGAGAUUGAUACAAGCACAUACGGCGAUGAGGAACUAGAAGAAAUUGAGGAAUCUACGCAGGAACCCCCAACUCCAUUUGUGCAUACAUAUGAGGCUUUCUUGCGCCGAUUCCCCGAACCACACGAGGUUCAGCAAUCGAUGACGCACCCAGAUUCCCGUCCACCGCCUGGCCCUUCCCCGAACUAUGCGUCGCAGAUGCCUGUGGCACCGUCACGGCCAGCUCCUGCGGUUCCACGUCCCAGCUACAGCGGUGUCUCUGAUGGACGACAUAUCCAACCCCACCUGGAGCGACAAAACUCUGCAAGCAGAACGGCUCUCUAUAUGCCAGCUUCCCACCUUGGUCGUCUUAAGCUCCCGCGUACUGGUUUGACCAAUUUUGGUGUCACAUGCUACAUGAACUCUACCAUCCAAUGCCUCAGUGCGACAGUUAUGCUGAGCAGGUUUUUUAUUGACAACCGGUUCCGUUACUAUGUACAAAAGAACUGGAAAGGAUCUCAAGGUGUCAUGCCUGGAUUAUAUGCUAACCUCACUCGAUCCCUGUGGAAGAAUGAUGUCGAGGUUAUUAUGCCAACUUCUUUCCGAAACUUCUGUGGGCGAUUGAAUCGGGAAUGGGCUAUUGAUCGACAGCAAGAUGCCAAAGAGUUUUUCGACUUCGUGGUGGACUGCCUCCAUGAAGAUCUCAACAUCAAUUGGCAACGCACACCCCUCCGACCCUUGACCUUUUCAGAGGAAAUGCAACGGGAACGAAUGCCAGUGGGCCGAGUCUCAAAAAUCGAGUGGGACCGGUAUUGCCAUCGCGAGGAGUCUUUUAUCUCCUCUCUCUUUGCGGGACAGCAUGCUAGUCGACUGCGGUGCACAACCUGCAAAAAGACGUCUACCACCUAUGAGGCCUUCUACAGCAUCAGUGUCGAGAUCCCAGUUGACGGCGCCGGCGACAUCUACGACUGUCUCAGGAGUUAUUGUCAAGAAGAAAUGCUGAGUGGCGACGAGGUCUGGAAGUGCCCGCACUGCAAAUGCAAGCGCAUGGCUACCAAACAGAUCAUCAUCACCCGAGCGCCCCAGAUCCUGGUUGUGCAUUUCAAGCGGUUCUCGGCCUCCAAGACCCAGAGUGCGCGCAAGAUCCACACCCCCAUCGAGUUCCCCCUCCACGGUCUCCGGAUGGACGAUUUUGUCAUUUCCUAUCCGAGUGCGCCCCAGGAUCCCCGGGCUCCGCCCCCCAUGGGCGCCACCGUUCCGCCGUUUACCUAUGAUGCCUUUGCCGUCCUGCGGCAUAUCGGGUCCUCCAUGGGCAGCGGACACUAUAUUUCCCUGGUCCGCGAUGCGGAGCGGCAAUGCUGGCGGAAGUUUGACGAUGAGCGGGCCACGGACUUUAACCCGCGGGACCUCCGAUCACGGGAUCGACUGCAGAACGAGCAAGCGUAUAUUGUGUUUUAUGAGCGAGUCCCAGCGAAAUGA